AAAACAUCUCGAAUACAACAAAUUAGAAUUAAAUAAUGUCUGCAUAAAUAUACCAGGAAUGGCUGACGUGUAAGAUGCAAAUGAAAGGGCAGAACGAAUGGAGACGCUUCGUUUGAAUCGUCCUGAAUUUUUUGAAGGAAACCUUCAUUGUUGAUGGCCGAAGUUGGCUCGAUUCGUCUGGUAGAGGGAACAUCGUCGGUGUAUAAGUUUCUUUUUUGUAGGGUUUCGUGCUAUUUUUCCUCCAAAUUCUGUCCAUUUUUCUCAUCGGCAUCAUUGACAUCACGACACAAUUUGUGUAGACUCUAGAGUGCAGAUAAAUGAAAAAAUCCUGUUAGCAGUCACUAAAGAAAAUUGAGGAUGGAAAAUGAUGGAGCAUACAGAGGAGAUAAACUUGUAUUGCAGGGUCUAAGGUUUCAUGGUUUUCAUGGAGUGCUUGAAGAGGAGAGAAAGCUUGGCCAGAAAUUUUUGGUGGAUGUUGAUGCCUGGUUAGAUCUCAAGAAGGCUGGAAGAUCAGAUAAACUGGAAGAUACUGUUAGCUAUGCUGAAAUUUAUAGCCUUGUCAAAGAAAUUAUUGAAGGUCCCCCUCAUGUCCUUCUUGAAUCAGUUGCUGAAUUGAUUACAUCUGUUAUUUUUGAUAAAUUUCCUCAAAUUCAUUCUAUUCGUGUUAAGGUUGGCAAACCACAUGUUGCAGUUUUAGGCAUUGUCGAUUAUUUAGGAGUAGAAAUUUACAGGACAUCUAAAGCCUCUGUACAAACUCAAAGCUAAGUUUUAAGAAGCGACGCGUCAUUCAAUGUUUGACGUUGCUUACUGUUUCAGUCAUUUAAGAAAUUUAUGCAGAUUUAUUUUGAUGAUA